AUUCCUGAGGGAUCGAUGGAAGCAAAUAGAAGUGUACUAUGCAUCGUCCAAUUAGAAGCCUCAGGUCCUAGCGUCAGUUAAAGAAUCUGAAUGUUAGUUCCAAGAACUGUUAAUGGUAUUCGUUGAUAGAUCCACACGAGUCGUUGACUAUCGUAUCUCGUUUCUGAAUGAUGCACCCCAAUAUUUUGAGUGAGGCUUAGCUCAGCUCCUGCACAGGCCUUCCAACCACCAACGAUCCUCAUUUUUUCCCUAUUCCUUCUCUGUAUCGGAGCACUGACCCCAGUGAAACAGAAGCCCAUCAUGAAGCAAACUAUGGAAUCUCCGCUGCUCGGAGGUGGUGGCUUAGGCAACAAGAAGAAGUCGAUGAGAAUUAUCUUAUUCGUUCUCGCCUUAAUGGCUCUCUCAAUUUUGGGACUUGUAAUCAGAGGCAACAGAAACUUGUGGGGACUAAAACAUGAUGUGGGAAUUAAAACCAAUCAACAGGAUACCAUCGAGUCCGAGCUGGGAGUUGUUGCAGCCGACGAUGGCCGUUGUUCUGAAAUCGGAGCUUCAAUUCUUAGGCGUGGUGGGCAUGCUGUUGACGCUGCAGUGGCAACUUCAUUAUGCCUCGGCGUUGUUUAUGCUUCAUCUAGUGGCAUAGGAGGUGGGGCAUUCAUGGUCGUCCGAUCUUCUGCAACUUCCCGGACACAGGCUUUUGACAUGAGAGAAACUGCUCCUUUAGCUGCUUCACAGGAUAUGUAUCAGAACAAUCCUCAAGCUAAAAGCCAAGGUGCCUUGUCAGUGGGAGUUCCUGGUGAGUUAGCUGGCCUUCAUGAAGCUUGGUUGCAGCAUGGUCGCUUAAGAUGGAAAGCUUUAUUCCAACCGGCUAUAAAUCUUGCUAAAAAUGGCUUUGAGGUGUCGCCUUAUCUUGGAAAUUGCAUAGCUCACUAUGCACAGAGGAUAAUGAACGAUCCUGGGUUGAGAAAUGUAUACGCUCCAAAUGGCAAUUUGUUAAAAACAGGGGAGACAUGCUAUAAUGUGGAACUUGCACACAGCUUAGAGGUAGUGGCAGAACAAGGUCCACAAGCUUUUUAUAAUGGAACCAUUGGUGAAAAGUUAGUGAAGGAUGUGAGAGAAGCUGGUGGAAUUCUAACAAUGGAAGAUUUACAUAAUUACAAGGUGGAAAUAACUGAUGCAGUCACUGUGAAUGCGAUGGGCUAUGCCAUAUAUGGAAUGCCUCCUCCUUCAAGCGGAACACUUGCUCUUUCUCUGGUUCUGCAUAUCUUAGACAGUUAUGGAAGUUCAGAUGCUGCAAAAGGGGAGAUGGGUGCUCAUCGGCUGAUAGAAGCUCUGAAACACACAUUUGCUGUUCGAAUGAACCUGGGCGACCCUGAUUUUGUAAACAUAACUAGUACUGUAUCAGACAUGCUUUCCCCUUCUUUCGCUAAGAAAAUACAACAAAAGAUACUCGACAACACUACAUUCCCUCCAGAGUACUAUAUGAACAGGUGGGAUCAAGUUAGAGAUCAUGGAACAAGCCAUUUCUGCAUUGUGGAUGCUGAUAGAAAUGCUGUAUCAUUGACAACAACUGUAAACUGGGUUUUUGGAGCCGGUGUGCUUUCUCCUUCUACUGGUAUUGUGCUCAACAAUGAAAUGGAUGACUUCUCAGUACCUACUUAUGUAUCACCUGAAAAACUUCCUCCAGCCCCAACAAAUUUUAUUCGACCAAACAAGAAACCAUUGUCUUCCAUGACUCCCAUCAUCAUCACGAAGGAUGAUCAAUUGGCUGGAGUUAUUGGAGGCAGCGGUGGAUUGUACAUCUUUUCAUCAGUGAUUCAAGUUUUUCUAAACCAUUUUGUCCUGGGAAUGGAUCCUCUGGAUUCAGUUCAGAGCCCAAGGAUUUAUCACACGCUUAUCCCCGAUGUAGUUAAGUACGAGAACUUGACUGCUCCUUAUGGUGACCGUAUCGAGGUGUUAGAUGAAAUAAGGCAUUUCCUGGAAGACAGGGGUCAUCAACUGAAAGAGGCCCAAUCACCAUUAGCCAUCACUCAGCUUAUUGUGCAAGAUCUCAAAAACCCUGUCAACAUGAACAGGAAGAUCAGUAAAGACACCAAUCCUUAUACAAUGCACGGCACUUUAACUGCUGUCAGUGACCCGAGAAAGGGUGGGUGUCCAGCAGCCAUCUAGUUGCCAUCAAUUCAGAUUCAUACCAUCACAGAAACGUGGGGGGACAUAUAUGUACAGUGCUUGAAAAUUUAGAAUAAAUUGCGCUAAUGAGUUAGCAGACAACAUUAGUCAUUUAAAAGUCCAUUUAAACACAACUAUACAUUCUAUUUUGGAAAUAAACACAAAUUAUAAGA